AUAUGAUCUUCUGCAAAGGACUGAAGGAAUAAUGUCCAAGACCGAUUCGAAGACAGUUUAUUUAAAACACCUUUUGGAAAUAUGUUUAUUGUCUUUGGAUAUAUAAAUACAUUAAAAUCUCAACUAUUCAAUCAUACUGUUUACAUCUUUUUAUAUAUGUGAAGUAAACAUUAAAGCGGAAACAGCCUUUGCGGAUUAUAUUGAGUCCGUCUCUUAUUCAAUUUUUACCUGAGCUUGAGCAAUCUAUCAUAUGUCGAAUUAAUUUUCAUCAAUUACUACAAUCAGUUAGUUAUCAGGUGUUCUCAAAACUCUAAUAGUUUCAAUUUCAUUUCUACAAUAUUUUAUGAUACAUUCAUUUCAUUACUCUUCUGAUUGACAAAAAGUAACUUAGUGAUAUUAGUUGUCACUUUGUUCCACCUGUGAAGUUCCACCUGCAUGGAGUUGGUGUAUAUUUGCUAUGCGUUCUUUUUCUGCGCCAACAACACUCCCAAGUUCUUGUUUACCUCAAUAUCAAGUUCAAAGUAAUUUCUGUCAACAAAAUCAAGCAUUUUUAAACUCCAUGGCUCAACCGACAUUUAGUCUAAUGCCGGCAGUUUCUUACUCUUCUAUUCCUGUAUGUACACCUGCAUCGUCUACAAAUCCUAUGCUUGGAUCUAAUAUUAUACAAUCUCAACAGCCUGUAAUAUUUUCUGCAUCUCCAGGAAACUUUUUCCUUGCUCAAUCUACACCUAUUGGUACUCCAGUUGUAGGUGCUCCAUCAUUUGUCUUUGCUCCUGGUCAGACUAAUCAAAAUGCUUUUGUGGUUGCUCAUCCAUUAUCUCAAGCACCAAUUGCAGGACAAAUGGCUACGCAUACAAAUCCAACAAAUUGUCUUAUUCGUCUUCCUGAUGGACGAUUCAUCUUACCAGCUACUGCUCCUAAUAAUUUAAAUCUUCAAGCAUCUUUAACGCGUAUUUGUGGUCCUCAACCUAAUUACUUCCCUGUUACCGUAUCUGCGCCAACCAGUGUAAAUUCAUCUACAAUAUCUUCGUUAACUCCUCAAAUUGCUCAGCCAUCAGGUCAAGCUUUCUAUAUUCAAAUGCCAACCAGUUGUGUCAGUGUUGGUAAUACAGUUUUCACUACCUCUCAAUUGAAUACUGGUACUAAUUUUCAAACUCAUCCAAUGUCAACAAUAAAACCGGGACCUCAAGUAUCUUUUGCUAAUUCACAAAUGAAUACUUUAUAUGGACAAUCCGGUACUUUUCUAACUCCUGCAACUGUAUCCAAUCAACCUCAGUUGGCUCCCAGACCACUUGGUACUAAUUUAAAUCCUGCUUGCUCUGGAAUAAUGAUGAAUAGGCCUGGAUUACUUCUCCCUACAGGCUGUAGUCCUGGAACUCCAGUAUUAGAUGCAUACACUGUACAGAAUCAACAAAAAUUAGGCAUUGGAACCAAUACAUCACAAUACACUACUAAUCUUCAAGCAUUACCAAGUGGAAUGGCUGUUGCCCGUUUACCAAAUGGAACCUAUGCUACAGUAUCACUUAAUUCUUCUUCUAUUGGCAUAUCAGGUUCAUCACCAUCUGUAUUUGUAAAUAAUAAUGCUUGUGGUGUUUCAUCUACUAUACCAACUAAUUCAAGCGAUACUUCAGCUGCAACUGCAUCAAAACGUAAUGCUUCUAAUUCACGUACUCGAUCAAAAUUAACUACUGGUUCACCACCACCACCACCUGCUGAUACUGAUGUACUACGUCGUUUAGAUGAUCAAAUCAAUGCAUUACAACGUUUAACUGCACCUACAGAAAUGCAAUUAAAUAGAUUGAAACAACUUGUUGAAGUGAAACAUCAGCUGACAAAAGUGUCUAACAUCACAACUGCCAAUUCUCUUAAUCCAUUAGCUCCUCGUAGUAUGGUAACAUCGAACGCAGUUAUAAAUACUUCAGCUUGUCGUAAUCCUACUCCUGGAUGUCCACAGAUUACUCCAAAUGUGCGUCGUGAAAUUUUAGAUUUACUUUCCCAGCACAAAUUAUUACCCCAACCUAUUGGAUCUAAUAACAACAGUGAAGAAACAUUCAUAGUAGAAUUUCGAUUAAAUCAACAAAGAUAUCAACUUCGAUUAACACGCAAUCAAAAAGUUGAUAUGGAACGUUUAUUGUUUACUACUACUCCACAAAGACAAGCUGAAAUGUUAACUGUUUUACAACAAGAACAAAUUCGUCUCCUGGGUUCAACGCCACGAACUAAUAAAUUGCCGAUUUCAUCAAAUCAAAAUAAUAAUCCCGUGAUGACCACAACACCAUCAGUUGUUGGAUUUAGUAUUGCUUCACAACAAUCUGUACGAUUACCGACUGGAAUGUCAACAUUUACAGCUGCUCCUAUGCAUACUUUUCAUGGUACAUCUGGUUUACGAUUGGUUACAGCUCGUCCAGUUGUACCGCCGAAUGCUGCUAUAUCAGCAGGGCCUAUGGUUCGAUCGAAUAUCCCGCCAGUAUGUUCAUCAACUCCAGUUGUUGGUGUUGUUACAGCUUUAGCUGUACCGUCUAUAGGAACUUGUGUUACUAAUCCAAUGUUUGCACCUGCCUUAUCACUGAACUCGAGCAGCACUCCAGUUAAUAUUCCUACAGUUUCAUCUAGUCUUUCAAUAUCUUCAACAAUGAUGUCUACUAUCAAUGCAACAAGUGGUUUAUUAACAACAAUACCUACAAAUUCAACUGCACAAAGUUAUAUUUUAUCAAAUUCCAAUGUAGUCAAUUCCACUGGUACUACAAUUCUUACAUCGAAUACUGCUAGUGGAUUUUGUGUACAGUCUGGUUCAUCAUUUACAACAUUACCGCCUGAAUCUACAAUUAAUUUGAUUAAUCCUAUACGACCGGUAGCAUUGAAUAUUCAACAAGCUGCCAAAAUAGGUCGACUUCGUGCUUAUCUAACCAAUGAUCUUAGAUUAGCAGUUGACAAACCGCCAACAUUACAAACUAGUGAUUCAACAAAAUUACCGACUCCAUUAGAGCUGCUUGAAGCAUUGGCACCGUAUCAUGUACUUAACGAUGCAGAUAAUACCAAAGAAGCUUUAGAUAAAGUUGACCUAAUUUUGGAGAAAUCAGUGAAUUUAUUAUUACAAAAGAAAAAAGAAACAAUCGAAGCUGUGAAUUCGAUCAUUUUCAAAGAAUCCUUGCAUAAAUUAGAACCAUAUUUAGAAGAUCGUUUAUUGUUAGCUAAUAUGGCAUUAGAUUUGGAACGUGAUAUAUUUACUGCCGAAAAAGAAAUCUUUGCAGAAGUAUCAACUUGUGAUAAAAUAGAAAAUUGUAUUGAUAUCUCUGAUCGCGAUGAUCAUAACAAUAAUAGUAAUAACAAUAUUGAAUCAUCAAAUGACCAAUCUAUAUCAACUCAUAAAAUUAACAGCGAUAAAAAACGUUUCAAUAAACAAUUCACACCUUCUAUAUUAAAACAUUCCGUUUCAUUACUUCCUUCACCAUGGUGUAAUCUAUUAGGUCCACUAGCUUAUUUACGUCCAUUAAAUUUUGAUUCACAAGGUAAUACAACCAUUGCUGAAAUUCAACUUCCAUUAAUUGAUGAUACCGAGUUGAUCAAAAACAAUCCUAGUAGUAAUCAUGCACCCCCACCAGAACCACCAUCACAUCAAACACAACAACAAAUACAAUCUCUUAUUGAUUCAACUACUACUACUACUACUAAUAAUAAUAAUAAUAAUAAUAAUAAUACAACCAUGUUCAUCAAUUCAACAUCUCCAUCAAAUAAUAAUCCUCUACGCAUAGAAAGUCAUCAUCAUCAUAAUAAUAGCAAUUAUGAUGAAGAUAUUGUGAAUGAUGAUGAAUUAUCAGAUGAAGCAGAAGCUGAUCGACUAUUAGGUCUUGAUAAUUGUGGAAGUGUUGUCAGCAGUGGUAGUAGUCAUCAUCAUCAUCAUCAUAAUAACAAUAAUAAUAAUAAUGGUAUUUCAUCUUUACUGAAUCGAUCAAAAAUGUUGGAUAAAUUCUCGAAAAAUGGUCUCCUUGAAACUAGUAAUAAUCAUAAUCAUAAUAAUAGUCAUACUAUUCAACAAUCUAUGGAGGAAAGUAAUAAAAAUCAUUCAGAAGGUGUUGUUCAUGAUGAUGAAGAAGUGGAUGAAGAAGAAGUGGAAGGGGAAGAGGAAGAAUUCGAUGAAGCUUAUGCAUUUUGGCAAGAAUUUAUGCAUGAAAAAAAUAUUAAUCUUGAAGAUAUGCAUACUGGUUUAAUAGAGAAUAAUUUUGACAAUGAAUCAAAUUCAUUGGAUGAACCACCUAAUAAAUCAUUACGUUUACUUGACAAUGGACAAACUAAUAAUAAUAAUCAUAAUAACAAUCUAUCCACAGUUCAACACUCAGAAGAUCCUGAUAUCGAUGCAGCUAUUAGAAGUAUUCUAUCAACUACUGACUGAUUGACUGACUAACUCACUAAUUAAUUGAUUGAUUGAU